AUGAACAUUAAUGAGUACUUAUACUUCAUCAAAGAAUGCAACGAUGCUCUCGGCAUGGAAAGCGGUGCUAUAUCAGAUGGGCAAGUAAAGGCCUCCACAGAGUGGGAUAAGAAUCAUGCUGCCAUCCAGGGAAGACUGCAGUAUUUAGCAAAACCUGGCAAGGCAGGAUCCUGGUCGGCUAGACAUAAUAACGUUGACCAAUGGCUCCAAAUUGACCUGGGUAGUCGAUACACCAAAAUAACUGGUCUAGCAACGCAAGGCAGAAAUAGUUAUUCACAGUGGGUUACUAAAUACAAAGUACAGUACAGCGACGACGGUGCAAACUUUCAGUACUACUCGGAGCAAGGCGUAAUAAAGGUACUUUAUCGUUUAUAAAACUUAGAUGCAUGCUACACUUCGGUCAUCAGUUCUUAAUCAUCAUCAUUAUCAUCAUUAUCAUCAUCAUCAUCAACAACAACAACAACAUCAUCAUCACCGCCAUUAUCAUCAUCAUCAUCAUCAUCAUCAUCAUCAUCAUCAUCAACAACAACAACAACAACAUCAUCAUCAUCAUUAUCAUCAUCACAUAUUUCAUUCGCCUUUAAUAACAAAAUAUAAGCGAGAAAUGUAGCGCUUUUUUUUCAUAAGACACCACAACGCUUAUAAAAGAUACCACCUUGAGUUUUAUUUGUUGCUGUAUAUGUGCGGCUUGGCCAGUUCAAGGUUAUCUAACCAAAAACUCAAGAUUCGUUUUCUGAAAGGAAAGAAGGCUUAAUCAACAGACAAUCUAUAGGGUUUUUACUUAAUAUAGUUUCUACAAAAUGAAGACUACAACCUGGCGCUCUUCAAGAAGUGCUUAGUCUUAGGUUUUUGGGAAAAUAUCAGUAUAACGGACUCAAUUUUGAAGAAGUAACAUUUUAUCCGUCUGUGAAUUUCAGCCUUCAGUAAACUCCACAAAUCAAAAGUGCACGUCCUUUUGUUUUACACUGCCACAUCUUUGGCAAACCUCACAUUGUUAAACAUCAUUCCUAUCAUUAAUUUUCAAACGGCGUUUACAACUGCAAUUGGUGUUUUAUGUUUAGGAGUUUGUUGGAAACACUGACCGUGAAACUGUAGUCAAGCAUGGGCUCAAAGAAGGAAUUAGGGCACGGUACAUCCGGUUUCGACCAACAGCCUGGCACAAACAUAUAUCCAUGAGAGUGGAAGUCUAUGGGUGCAACGGUAACAUUAUUGGAUUUUUAGUAUUUGUCGAAAAUUUCGUUUGUUUCAGCCGCGUUUCUCUUAUUUCGAAUGUAUUUUUAUAAAGAACUUUGUCAGUCUUUUACUUUUUUUUCUUUCAAAAAAAAAAAAAAAAAAAAAAAAAUAUAUAUAUAUAUAUAUAUAUAUCUUUUAGGGAUCCUCAGUGUCCUUUAUUUGUGCUCUCCUUGUUUUUAGUGUCUCUUCUUACCAUCUCCUUUUGACGUUCGCUAUCGAUUUUUCUUCUUUUCUUCAGAAUUCUGAGAAUUAAACUGGGUCUUGUUUAUGAAUUAUUAAUGAUUAUUUACACUUUGUUAAAGAAUGCAACAAUGCCCUUGGCAUGGAAAGCGGUGCUAUAUCAGAUGGGCAAGUAAAGGCCUCCACAGAGUGGGAUAAGAACCAUGCUGCCAUCCAGGGAAGACUGCAGUAUUUAGCAAAACCUGGCAAGGCAGGAUCCUGGUCGGCUAGACAUAAUAACGUUGACCAAUGGCUCCAAAUUGACCUGGGUAGUCGAUACACCAGAAUAACUGGUCUAGCAACGCAAGGCAGAAAUGCUUAUACGCAGUGGGUUACUAAAUACAAAGUACAGUACAGCGAUGACGGUGCAAACUUUCAGUACUACUCGGAGCAAGGCGUAAUAAAGGUAGUUUAUCGUUUAUAAAACUUAGAUGCACGCUAUACUUCGGUCAUCAGUUCUUAAUCAUCAUCAUUAUCAUCAUUAUCAACAUUAUCAUCAACAACAACAACAACAUGAUGAUGAUCAUCAUCAUCAUCAUCAUCAUCAUUAUCAUCAUCAACAACAACAACAACAACAUCAUCAUCAUCAUCAUCAUCAUCAUCAUUAUCAUCAUCACAUAUUUCAUUCGUCUUUAAUAACAAAAUAUAAGCGAGAAAUGUAGCGCUUUUUUUUCAUAAGACACCACAACGCUUAUAAAAGAUACCACCUAGAGUUUUAUUUCUUGCUGUAUAUGUGCGGCUUGGCCAGUUCAAGAUUAUUUAAGCAAAAACUCAAGAUUCGUUUUCUGAAAGGAAAGAAGGCUUAAUCAACAGACAAUCUAUAAGCUUCGUUACUUAAUAUAGUUUCUAUAAUAUGAAGACUGCAACCUAGUGCUGUUCAAGAAGUGCUUAGUCUUAGGUUUUUGGGAAAAUAUCAGUAUAAUGACUCAAUUUUGAAGAAGUAACAUUUUAUCCGUCCGUGAAUUUCAGCCUUGAGUAAACUCCACAAAUCAAAAGUGCACGUCCUUUUGUUUUACACUACCACAUCUUUGACAUACCUCACAUUGUUAAACAUCAUUCCUAUCAUUAAUUUUCAAAAGGCGUUUACAACUGCAAUUGGUGUUUUAUGUUUAGGAGUUUGUUGGAAACACUGACCGUGAAACUGUAGUCAAGCAUGGGCUCAAAGAAGGAAUUAGGGCACGGUACAUCCGGUUUCGACCAACAGCCUGGCACAAACAUAUAUCCAUGAGAGUGGAAGUCUAUGGAUGCAACGGUAACAUUAUUGGGUUUUUAGUAUUUGUCGAAAAUUUCGUUUGUUUCAGUCGCGUUUCUGUUAUUUCGAAUGUAUUUUUAUAAAGAACUUUGUCAGUCUUUUACUUUUUUUUCUUUCAAAAAAAAAAAAAAAAAAAAAAAAAAUAUAUAUAUAUAUAUAUAUAUAUAUCUUUUAGGGAUCCUCAGUGUCCUUUAUUUGUGCUCUCCUUGUUUUUAGUGUCUCUUCUUACCAUCUCCUUUUGACGUUCGCUAUCGAUUUUUCUUCUUUUCUUCAGAAUUCUGAGAAUUAAACUGGGUCUUGUUUAUGAAUUAUUAAUGAUUAUUUACACUUUGUUAAAGAAUGCAACAAUGCCCUUGGCAUGGAAAGCGGUGCUAUAUCAGAUGCGCAAGUAAAGGCCUCCACAGAGUGGGAUAAGAACCAUGCUGCCAUCCAGGGAAGACUGCAGUAUUUAGCAAAACCUGGCAAGGCAGGAUCCUGGUCGGCUAGACAUAAUAACGUUAACCAAUGGCUCCAAAUUGACCUGGGUAGUCGAUACACCAAAAUAACUGGUCUAGCAACGCAAGGGAGAAAUGCUUAUACGCAGUGGGUUACUAAAUACAAAGUACAGUACAGCGAUGACGGUGCAAACUUUCAGUACUACUCGGAGCAAGGCGUAAUAAAGGUAGUUUAUCGUUUAUAAACUUAGAUGCACGCUAUACUUCGGUCAUCAGUUAUUAAUCGUCAUCAUUAUCAUCAUAGUCAACAUCAUCAUCAUCAACAACAACAACAUCAUCAUCACCGCCAUUAUCAUCAUCGUCAUCGUCAUCAUCAUCAUCAUCACAUAUUUCGCUCGCCUUAACAAAAUAUAAGGAAGAAAUGUAGCGCUUUAUUUUCAUAAGACACCACAACACCUAUAAAAGAUACCAAUUAGAGUUUUAUGUGUUGCUCUGUAUGUGCGGCUGGGCUAGUUCAAGAUUAUUUAAGCAAAAACUCAAGAUUCAUUUUCUGAAAGGAAAGAAGGCUUAAUCAACAGACAAUCUAUAGCGUUUUUUAGUUAAUACAGUUUCUAUAAAACGAAGACUGCAACCUACUGCUCUUCAAUGAAGUGCUUAGUCUUGGGUUGUUGAAAAAAUAUUGAGUAUAAUAACUCAGUUUUGAAGAAUUAACAUUUUAUCCAUCUGUGAAUUUCAGCCUUAGGUAAACUCCACAAAUAAAAUGUCCACGUCCUUUUGUUUUACAUUGCCACAUCUUUGACAAACUUCACAUUGUUACACAUCAUUCCUAUUAUUAACCCUUUAAGCCGCAAUAUCCACAUACAAAUUCUCCAAACUGGUCUCUAUACAUUUCCUUAAAGAAUUGGUUGAGAGAAUUGGUUGAGAGAAUUUGUUCCCUGAUCAAAGCUUCUCACAGCAGAUGAUGAUUUUAUUAAUUCUCACAACAUUUUAUCUUGAUUAUGUAUUGAUAUUGUUAGGAGAGAACUGACUUUGGUCACUCUUGGGACUUCAGGGGGUUAUUUUCAGAAGGCAUUUACAACCGCAAUUGGUGUUUUAUGUUUAGGAGUUUGUUGGAAACACUGACCAAGAAACUGUAGUCAAGCACGAACUCAACGGAAGCUUUAGGGCACGGUACAUCCGUUUUCGACCAACAGGCUGGUACAGACAUAUAUCCAUGAGAGUGGAAGUCUAUGGGUGCAAAGGUAACAUUGUUGGGUUACAAGAAUUUGUUGAAAAUUUAGUUUACACGCAUCAAGAAGAAAAGAAGAACCAGAAGAAACAAGACCUUCCUAUUUUUAGACCUUCCAUCUUUUAUGUUAUUUUAUUAUUGAGUUUGUCAAUUAAUAUAUAUUAUUAAAUACAUUUUUUUUACCUUUAGACUAGGUUAAAUUUCAAAUUAACUAUAAGCGCUUUAAUUUGCUUUACCAUGUUGUCAAGUAACAAGCCACAAAGUUCAAAAUAUGGCACUAGGAAAACCAGACAUCCCUGUAGUGCAAAUUUUAAGCAACUGACAACAACUGGCAACAAAGCCUUGCCCAGUGAACAGGAGCCUGUCUGCUGGAGAACUCAGCUCUGAUAAAUAUCAUACUAAAUAAAUAAAAUAAUGAUUUGGAGAUAGCACAUCCACAUAGUGAUUCUUUGUGUACCUGAUUUCUGGUUGAAUUGGAAUUUGAGAAUGUUGGUUUUUGAGGAGAAAGGAAAAGCAGAGUACCCGGAAAAAAACCUCUCAGAGAAAGGGAGAGAACCAACAACAAACUCAACCCACAUAUGGCGUCGACACCACAAUUUGAACCCGGGUCACUUUGGUGGGAGGUGAGUGCUCUCACCACUGCGCCACCCUUGCUCCUCACUGAUACUAAACAAAUGGCUGACUUUAUGACCACAAAAUCUCGACAAGAUGGCAAAUGCCCCGGGGGGAUGGGCACGCCUGGAAUUGACUAAGCAUUAUUCAUAAUAUUGGCAUUUAUUUAAUAUUCCUCCUUAUUCCCCGACUGAAAAUGUUUAUUAUAAAGGCACUACCCUUUCAAAUUUUACGGCCGUUAGAUUUUCCUAAUAUGUCUCAUAAUAUAAACGCUUACCUUAGCUGCUUUCGGAUGUUGGUAUCGGUAGAGCGGUACCCUGAAUCAUGGCGUUUCCCCAUCACUUCCUCCAUUCCCUUUACUUGGCGAACAGUAAAUUAUUCCUAAAACGCCGUACAAGACCAGCAAGUCGUGCCAUUACUAAACACAAAAUCCUCCAACAACGACUCGGUUCGGCGCGGCCAUUAUAGGUUUUACAUGACGUACCUACCUGUUAGAUGAGAAAUGCCGCUGUGCGGAAAACUUACCAGGCCUGUACAGCCCCCCAAAUGCGAAAUGAUCCCCAUUUGUCUCCUCAAUUAAUUUUAGGAAUGGAAUGGUAUUCCGCCACGGAAUUAUUACAAGUCUGCUGCAGCGUUUACGUUCUUGAAUCGAGUCAGUACAGUUUUAGCUCUUGUGUCAUCUAAUCGCCUUUGUGUCUGAAGUCUCCUUUUGCAUCUUCAACAUCAUUAUAAAUUUUCGAUCGUAUGGAAAAUCUCACCUCACAGGGGAAAAUUUAAUUCAAGCAUUUCGAAAAGGCUAACAAAAGUUACAUCUUAAACAGUAUAUAUUAUCUGAAGGAAUGUCUGAAAAUUAUUCAGGCUAAGUAUUGGACAACUAUAGCUUGUGAUAGUCGGAAAGCUGGUGCUCCUAGCUCACUAACCAAUAUAAUUAAAAGAAUCCUCCGACAACUUCAAAAGAACGAACUGAGAGACCGAUAAAGCCUGUUGGCUUUUUUUUGUCAUGGGAAAGGCUGUAAACCCUUUUCAUUUUAUUUCUAGCUAUUUUAUGUCCCGUGCUUACCGUGUCUAACGCCGAUCCUCCAACUGGUUUGUGCUCCAGUGCUGAUUUAAGCUUCCAGGCCAGCUGUUCCUUCAAAUGUCUUGCUGGGUACCAGCUGAAAGGCUCUGACGUGCGUGUCUGUCAACUCGACAAGACAUGGUCUGGAACUUCAUCGACUUGUGAAGGUAAUCGACAUAUAUCAAUCUAAUAUAAAUCGAUAACUGUCAUAAAUGUCUAAACCGUUGCUAUGAGCAUCACCCGAGGCAUUAUCCACGAUCUGUUCUGUUUAACGUAAUUGCCCUGUGUUGCAAAAUUUUGAUUCCUAAACAUAGCUUUUGCAAUACUGUAUGUGUUUGUAUGGUAAUGCAAAUAUAAAGCUCGUUGUUGUUCACUAAAUCUAAUAAGUGUGUAUUGCCAAAACUAAUCGUAUACGAUAAGCAAAGACAGAUCACUAAUGGUCACUAAUGAAUGACGAGAUAACAAAAGUUGCUUCUUUUAAUUCAUUAGCUAAGUAGACAACUCACAUUUGCAGCAUCUACUUAGAUCCCAUCGGCAUCCCUUUACAAAACGAGGCUGCAAAAUUGUUCCAUAACAUGAGGGUAGGCGGUUGCCUCGAUUAAGAGAUCCGGAUGGGUUCCAAAAGGCUCUGUGCCGGUAACUUUAAAGAAGUUAUUGGUGAUAAAAGAAAUAUUCCACUGUAAUAUCAUGGCCUAACAGCCGAGUCUUUUUCUUUCACGCAAAUUAUUUUAAUUGUUUUCAUUCUUAGAAAUCCGUUGCCCUAAACUUCCGUCCGUCAAGUACGCAACAGUGAUUCCAAGUAAUUGUGACCACCAGUCAAUGAGAUUUUCCUCAGUCUGCACAUUUUCAUGUCCUGAUGGCUUUACUACCGAUGUUACUGCACCCCAGAAAGCGUCGAGAUCUUUAACGUGUCAGCUGACUGGCGAAUGGGACGCUCAAGCUCCUCAAUGCCAUGGUAAGCGUUUUCCAGUCCACUUUGUGUUUGAGGCAGGAGCCCAUAACCCGGAGCGAGCAACUUCCUUGCGCUCGAGUCACGGUGUUUUCACGGACCAGUUUAUUUUUAGAACGUUUUUGAAGCAAAUUUUGAAUAUCUUUUAAAUUCCACAAACCAGUGAGCAAAACCUAUACAGACCUAAAACUAAUAUUUUUUGCCUUGUAAUAACGUUUAGCUGACCUUUUUGAUAUCUUAUACUUCGAAUACGCUCAUAGACAUGCUGAAGUUUCUAUUCUCGCCGGAAAAAAUGCCUUAAAAUGUGUCUAAAAAUAAAAUGGUCCGUAAAAACGCCGUGACAUAGGCCUAGCAUGGCAGUUGCUUGCUCCGGCUUUGGGUUUCUGUUUGAGGUUUUCUUUUGAGGCACACUGACAUUCAUUGGAUACCAAAAUUGGAAAAUUAGACAGUACUAUUCAAAUCAGUUAUCCGCGCUUGAAAUUUAAAAGCAAAACUUUCGUCAUUUUUUUUGUUUAUUAUAAUAAUCAACUCUUUUGCUUGUUCAGUAAGAAAUGCUAGAAACAGUGCAAGGCCAACCUGUUUUACAGGCAGGUCCCCUUUGUAAAUAUGAGAAAAGGGCUCGAUAUCAAUGGAUUUGAAACUUCCAGCCAGUGCUUCAAACUAUAAAUGGACACGGACAAUUAAAACUUUAAAAAAAAGUUCAUGUAAUAAACGCUGGCACCAGUUUGAUUCAAACAAGGAAAGGUAAGCAAACAGAACUUCAUUUUAAAGAAUACGAGACAAUGAGAUGCACCACUAAUUAAUUAAUUUCAAUAAAAGACUUCAUUUGUUUAUGAAAUGAGGACCAUGUUUUUUUUAGUUCAUGUGAUUAUCCAUUAACUUUGAGCAUAGACUGUAGCCUGCGUAACAUGGCGGUUUUGGUUGGGCCGGCAAAGUAAUAAGGGUGGGCUAAGGCGCAGAGAAACCGCAAGGAGAUUGGGGCUGGAGCAACGAAAAAACUCUCUAUCUUUUUCUUCAAAUCAGUGAGGGGAGUGCACGCGCGUGCGAGUGUUAAGCGGCGAAGCAGCGAGAUGCUAGAAAAUAGGACGGCAGCCCGAGAAGUCUGUCACGCGCGUGUUUAUUUUCGAAUCUCGAGUGUUUCCCUCAAAUGACUGAGGAAAACUGGUCAAAGUAGGGACGGCUCCUGGUCUACUCUGAGCAAUGCUAUUGAUUGUUUUUAGAAUCUAGGCUGUCAACUUACAAGUCAACUAGAAUUUAGGACGUAGUAUCCAUUUUAACCACAUCCUUUAAUGUCCUUUGUUUGCAGAACUGCCUUUUUCGCAUCUAAAUAUAUUUACGAAUUAAAUUUUUCUAAUUUAUAGAUUAUCAGUCCCCAACGUUAUCGUGUCCUGGACCUAUCAUAAGAGGUUAUACAACCAAAGGAAAAGCGACAGGAAAGGUAUCAUGGAAUAUCCAGGUGACAGACAACUCUGUAAUUGUGGAUCCCAAUGCAAAGAUAAAUGUAAUGUCAACUUAUCAGUCUUCUCAAGAAUUUCCUAUUGGUGCGACUGAUGUUCAGGUUACUGCUAGUGACAGCACAGGAAAUACAGCAACAUGCAGAUUUAUCGUUGACAUUAAAGGUUAAUAGAUAGAAAGUGAAAAACUUCAGGCCUCGUCCACUCGUAUCCCGAUAUAUUUGAAAAUGGAUAUUUUUUUCUCCAAUUUUGAAAAGGGUAGCUUCUCUUAGUGGGCAUGCCCUGUAUGAUGUAUGACAUUAUCGAAAAAGUCCGUGUUUCGACCGUAUACACUACUCUGGGGACUACUUUCAAAACCCCAGCGAAUUUUUGACGCCCGAAAAAGCCGUUUGAUCGGAAGGCUAAAACUGAGAAAAAUAAAUAAAUAAUAAUAACAAUAAUGAUAAUAAUAAUAAUAAAUAUCCGGAUACGUGGGCCUGAGAGUCUUCGGCGAGUGAUUUCAAGCUUCUCUUGUGUUCUUCCAACAUAAAUAUUUUCUUCGGGGUAGGACUUUACAAAGUUAAAUUGCUAAACUAAAAAUUAUGCAAUAUUCAUUACUCAAUUGAGGGACGACCGGUCAUUAUGUAUCGCCUGGAGGGGAAGGGGGUGCAGAGGAUUUUUGUUGCGACAACGGAGCACUUACGUGAUCUUAUAAUUACGUGUUGUACGGAUCGUUAAUGCGUGGAAUAACUUGCCUAAAGAUGUUGUACACGCAAGAUCGCUGACUUUAUUUCGCAACAGAUUAGGAUUAAUAUGAACAUUGAUUAAUACGUUUGUUAACAGUUUCAAUUAUGAUAUGCAAAUUAUGUUUUUUACUAUUUUUUAGGUUUUAGAUUUUUCUCUCUGUUUAUAAUGUUUUAGUUUCUAGAUUUUAUCUUUGUAUAUUUUAUCUUGGUGAAUCUUUUAUAUAGGGUUAACUUCUAGAUAUCCCCUUUCGAGAGAUAUUUUGUAACUUUAGUUUUUAUCUCUUGAACAUAGUAUUGUAUUGUAUUAGAAUGGCUACUCGGAAACUGAAAAAUGCACCUAAAAAGGGUCCGCAGGGAGAGUAAAGAGAGACUACUCGUAGUCUACUGUUUGGCUAAAGUACCUACUAUCUACUAAGUGCGUGGUAUUGUGCGUAGCGAGCCGCCGUUUGGAACAAAAACGAAACAAUUGGCAACUUCUUUGUAAUAAAAAGUUUUCUGAUGUUUAACGGAACGAGGAAGAAGUAGUUAAACCCUGUUAGACGCUGUUCCAUAAAAUGCUAUAGCGGCCUUAAUAAACGGAAUGAAAAUUCCCAUCGGUCCACGCGCGCUUUCUUUUUUUCUUCUCCCCAACCCCCCGCGCGUUUUCCUUUUUUCCCCCUCCUCUUUCCAACCUUCCUACAACACAAAAAGGCCUCUGUGGCCAUGGGGAAGAGAGUAGUAUGCGCAUACCCUUUGUCUUCUACGAACGAUAUCUUGACCUUUUCUUUUACAAUGUCAUUUUACUUUAGAUAUUGAAGCACCUAUCGUCAAGCAGUGUCCAGGAGAUAUUGUCCGAGAAGAGGAAAAGUUAGAAGUGCAAGUACACUGGACGAGACCAGUUUUCUCCGACAAUUCGGGAAGUGUCACGUUCUCUGCAAACAGACAAAUAGGAGAAUUAUUUGCUGUCCCCGGCGCCUAUCAAAUUGUGUAUACCGCAAACGACCCGUCAAAUAAUGAGAACAAAAAUUGUUCAUUCAGGAUAACACUGAAAAGUAAGAUUUACCCCUACUUAAGUUACUAAAUUUUCAGCACUGUUUCACGAACUGCUAUACUAAUAAUCAUACAGACUUUUAGUUGCAAGUUUUCACUUUUCUAUCUGAGUAGUUUUAGUGCAAUAAGUUUCAUGGCAUUGAGACUAUUUUGAAAAAAAGUAAUAACACAUUUGAUAUUUUUAACAAAAGACAUGUUAUCAAAAAGGCAGUUCUUCUGCUUAGACCAGUCAAAUCAACAAUUGCAACAGCUACAAGCAGAAACCAGAGUAUAGAUAUGGCGGUAAUAAUGUAAGUGUAAAAAAUAGGUAAGGAGUGCCCGAAUAUAAAUACAUUUAUUAAACAAUGUUAAAAUAUCAACAAGAAAAACUAAGGAACAAUGCAUAUAUUAAACAAAGGCUGGAAUUGACGUGCUGUAAUUGCUAAAUCGGCCUACCUUUGUCGUUUCCAAUGAGGGGCGGAAGCAAGGGGAGGAUCUACGGCUUCAGUGCAAAUGGAGAAUGAAAAUAAUUGGCUUCAACUAGGUGGACAAGCUGGACCCCCUCAAACAAAAAUACCUUGAUCCGACCCUGAAGAGGCGAUUUACUUUUGUUUCACAUUUUGAUUCAGUUGGAAAAUGGUAGUGGUCGGUCAAUUGUUUCAUCUACAUUAGUCGGACAGAACUAAGUGAACAUUGUUGUUUUUCUCUAUACCCAAAUUUUCAAUGUUUUAAACCUUUGAGCUAAACAAUCAAGGGAAACAAGUUUUGUUGUGUUUUCUUGCAGAAAAAUCGUGUCCUUUAUACCCGCCUCCUAAAAACGGAGCCCUAGCGUGCUUUCGUAUAGGUGGUGAUGUUACUUGUGCGGUCAUGUGUCAGACUGGUACUGACUUUGAGUUUAACGUCCCAGUGCUGUACUUCUGUUCAGCUGGACAGUGGAAUUUCUAUUCGCUCCCUCGCAUGUCUUUCAGUUCGACUUUACCCUGGCCAAACUGUACUGGUAAGAGCUCUUAAUAAUUCUUUUUUCCAGUCCUCUUGAGUAGCCUGUACCAGCCAAACUCUCGGUCAGUGAAGACGAGCGAAAAGAGCGACUGGCAGUAAAAAAGCGAGCGAGCAAAAAUAUCCUCCUCUUUCCUAAGCCCCCACCGGGUUUUGCGCAAUUUUUUCGAUCCGCUUUCCCCACUAUCUUGGAACCUGGAACAGGCUACCUCUUGAGAGCUUAGUUUUUUAGAAUUACCACUUUAUGCAGUACCAAUAUAUGCACUGAAGCACUAGUACUGAGUACCAAUUAAUUGGGGAGUCCCAUUUUGGUCUUAUACACAGGUCUACUUAUCGCAUUGAAAAACAGAUCAAGAUAUGUCCGAUCUGUUAAGUCAUACUACAAAUCAAGACUCUUGAAGUUUCAAGAGCAACAAACCUAUAGGAGAUUUACAAUCUUGGGAAAUUUGUACUUUACACUUUUUCUCAAACACACGAGGUGAUAUCGAAACGUAACUUUUUAAAUAUGACAAAUAACAUGAUGACUAACAUGGCUGACAAAUUUCAGGCCCACAAUUUCUGUUUAUACUGUGUCUAGAUGACUCAGUUUUUUUAAUUCCUUUUUUUUUUUAUCUAAUAUGGUUCAUCUUUAUCAAUGCGUUCAUCAUUUUCGCAGUUCAUUCAUUUCUUUGUUUGGGUUUGUGCCACUAAAAUCAGUAUUUUAAAGUAAGCUAAAAGUUUUUUUCCGUUUAAGACAAUAACAGAUAACUUAUAAGGUCUUUUAAAGUUACAAUUAUAUAAGAUCCGGAAUAACCAUGUGAGAAAGUCAGAUGCCAUUGUUUUAAAGUUAUUUUGGAAUGGGACUUUUCCAUUUUCUUUUUCUUUUUUUUAAUGCAGCUGGGGUGAAUCCACCGUCAUUGAUGAAGUUGUGGAGCCAGCAAUAUCACUACUUUGAUGGAGAUGCGCAUGAUCUUAACGUCCAAGCCUCCAUCAAAGACAAGUUCUACCAGUUGUUGACGUCGCCCAUUGUUCCUCCUUUCUUUUGCCAGUCUAACCCCAGUUCAUGCUCGCAGCAGAAUAUUUUGGUUUCUCCUGGGAUUAAAGGUAAAUCUCAAAUCCUGUCAGCGAUACAACUAUCAAGACCCCUGAUUAUGUGGAAGCCAAACUAAACCAUUGAUAUAAUUAUAAACCUCAGUUCUAUGUAGGCGAUUGUGAUUGCCCCAUCCUCCUGGAUCGUCUUACAUCGCAUCAUAAGCCCCUAACAAAGCCCAGCUCACACUGCAAACAUUGGCUGAUGACUCUGGUAUUACGAACUUGUUAGUUUAGAUGCACCGUCUAAGCGGCAAAAUGAAGCGUUAUAAUAAUUUCCUUAUCUUGCUUUGUAAAAAGUAAAGUGGGGUGAAGGAGUUAUAUUUUUACUCAACUUCUUAUGUAUUUGUUUUCUCUUAAUGUUAGGUUGAUUCCAGUGGUUUUGAAGCAAACUGAAGAGAAUAUAAAGGUCGCUAAAGGCGCACUUUAUUGAAGUCCUAAUUAUAAUCAAAAGCAUUGCUAAAGUCUGCAUGUAUUAGCGUUGGCAUAAUCAAUAAACCGUGAACACUGACAUGUUAUCAGCUGUGAUAAAUCAUUGCCUUUCUGCGAGUAUGUUUAGGGUGGAGAGAGAGCGGAAGCCGCUUAGACGCGGUGUCACAGUGAUACCCAUAUUACUGGUGAUUUGGGCACAGGCAUACCCACACAGGGAUACCCAAAUCACUGUGACUGCGGAUUAAAAAAUAGCUGAAGUUACAAUGAAUCGCUAAAGUUGAUUUAAUCAUGAAUCAUGUAAAAUGAUCCUUUGAAUAUCACUUUGAUCACUGAAGAAAAAAGGCCAAACAUCUACUUUGUUUAAAAACCGCUAACAAUAAUUUGCAAGGGAGUCUAGUUAAUAAAGAUGACAAAGAUCUGUCAAGAGGCGACAAUAAAUCAAUCAAUUUUCCCCUCAAUCUCAAAUAACUUAGAAGAUAGGAGAGCGUAAACUCAUUUUGGAACCCUACUCAGUAAAUUGUUUGGAAACAUUAAAACCUUCGUUUUUUCCCUUUUUGACUCAUGUUAUCUUUAUCAUAAAUUAUUAUAUUUCCGCUCUAUGGUUUACCCUAAUAUAUUUUAAGGUUUUUAAAAUUAAAUGUAAUAAUUAAUAGUUAGAGAAAAGUUUUAAUGUUUUUUAAGCAAAGAACAGAAGACAUAUAAAUACUUUUUUUUUUUUUUUUUAAAAAAAAAAAAAAAAAAGCUCGGGAUUCAAAUGUAAGUUAAGACAUAAUUUAAAAAGAGUGGAUGCCGAUAUUUGUUUAGGAUAUAUUAGAGCUGAUAAAAUACAAAUCAUGCUUUGUCAGCCUCCAUUUUAAAAAAUACUAUCAGUCAAAAGUGUUUUCUCACCUCACGAAAUUCAUAUGAAAGACAAACCAUUUUGGGUUAUAAUAAACGGCUUUUAGCUAUGGAGAGGUAAUGAGAUGUUUUAAUCUCUUCAGUUUUUGUGUCAAAAGUUGGUCCGUGAGUGCUAUAACGAAGUCACUUUUAUACUAGUAGUAUGAUAUUCAUAACUGUAGUUCAUCUUUUUCUUGGAAGUUAAAAUUCCUUUUUAAUGUGGAUACACAAAGGAGUGUGUACAAAGAUUGUUUUCCCACCUGUUGAGUCUCAUAUCGAGCAUUAAAAUUUAUUACUUUAAUUAUGAAACUGACAGUGUACUGCUUCAUUUGCGUUAAGGCUAAACGGCAAGGUAGACUAAUCUGUAAGCAGCUUUAAUUUUCUUACUAAGCCGCUGAGUGGAAGUCUAGUCAUGUUUAAGAGAGUGGUGUUUCUGGCGUGUUUAGUAACUUGUUGCUCCGCUCAGGUGCCAUGCCACGCUGGGUUCUUUGGUUCCAAAGGGCAAGCAUGUAGAGGUGGGUCUGUUAUUCGACCUAAUAAAAUAGCCUAAGGAUUUCUGACGUACUUCUGAAGCUGCGUUGUUUUCGGUCUCUGCCAUGCUCAGUUGGACACUUAGGGUCUUACUGAUGACAAUCUGAUGAGAGAGUUGUUUCUUUUUUUCAUGUUUCCAUAUGCUUUGCCAACCAUAUCAGCUAGGGGAAAUCGCAAAGCGUCCGUGUAAUAUUGUAUAGAUUUUUUUUAUAUUCAUCGUGACUUAAAAGGGAUCGGGAUUGACACCUUGAGAAGCUUUACCAAAUCGCAUUUUAUUGGUCAUCAACUUAGUAGACUUACAAAACCUUAGGGUAAAAAAAAAAACAAAACAAAAACAGCGAGGGAUGCCAGCCCAUACUUAAAUGGUCAAAGACAAUUUAUCCAUGCACAUUUAUAAAAGUUCAGAGUAGUUUACGUUUGGCACUCAGAGCGAAUUAUGAAAAGGUAUAGUACGGUCAAUUCGAGACUUUGAGAGAUUGAGAAACUGCUUUCAAAAUUCGCCACCGAGACUUAUAAUUUUGAAAGCUUUAUGAUUCUGGGCGCUCUGUCUUGGCGCAGGGAUUUCUCUCAGAUUUCGAGACAAAUUCUUUCUUUCUUUAUUUUUAUAGUUCAGAUGGUUCAUACAACAAAAACUUUCCUCAAAUCUUUUAUUUUAUCGUGCCUCCACGCGUGUUUGUGAUUUAAAGGAUACUGACCAAACUAACAUGAAAGUUUCCUUUGGAUCGAGCGAUUCAGCCUUUCCUAAAUCAGGUCCUGGUUGCUCAAAGAAUGGAUAGCGGACGCCCACGGUAUUAAUCUCUGCACAGUGCAUAAUUCCCCUGCUUUCUAGCUACUCAAAAAUUAAUUUUGGGUUUAAUUUAUUUAUAUCUUUUUUUUUCCAUGAAAUGUUAGAAUGUCCACAUAACACAUACAAAGAUUACAUUGGCUUUGCAAGUUCCUGUAAGCCUUGCCCGGUAAAUUCGGGUCAUAACCUUCUUGGAAGUCAUAUUUUCAGUGACUGCAAAUGCUUGAAGGGGUAUUCAGGGGACCCAAUGCAGGACAUUCCAUGCACAAGUAAGAAAGAAGUUUGCAGUUUGUCUACUUUACUUCAUUUUAUCUGUUUUCCCCUCAAAUUUAUAUUUUCGCUCCCCUGAUAGCUACCUUCCAGUUUCACCAUUUGAUAACGACGUUAUUACUUUUACAUAGCCGUUACUUGCUUUAGACUUUUCCCUCCUUGCCUACUGAAUUACAAAGAACGUAUCAUUUUUGAUACAUGAUUUGUUAACUGCGGCGUCUAUUUAACAGUGAUUCCACGAGUGCGCGUUGGAUAUGAAAUGGUGGAUAGCCAACAAGCCGCAUAGCGCCGAGUUGGCUAUAAUCAUCUCAUAUCCAGCAAGCACGAGAAGGAAUAAUUGUUUUAUUAAAAAACGCGCAAAAAAUAUCAAGAAUUAUUCCCGACUUUAUUUGUAAAAACAACCGAUUUUCAGCUUGUUUUUAAAUUUGAGCAGACGCGUACAUUUACGAUAUUUCGAGAGCUUGGUAUAAUGGCUCAUAUGAUGGCUAAGCUAAUCAGAGUUCUUGAAUUGCAUUAUUCAAUGAUUCAUUUUUUAAUAAUGUGCUUUAUUAUUUUCAACAGUUAGACUUUGUGAUCCGUUUGCCCCUCCAAUAAAUGGGUCCUUAGUUGGUGUCUGCAAGUCUGAAUACAACUCAGUUUGCCGCAUCAAAUGUAAUGAAGGUUAUGAAUUACAAGGAGGAAGUGCGCAUGCGGAGAAAAAGUGCAUCGUGAAUAAAAACAACCACAUGGAGUGGACAGAAGGACUUAUUUAUUGCUCUGGUAAGAUAAAAGUCAUGUGACACCAUAGUUAGUAGAGGAGACUGGUUGUGAAAGCCGACAAACAUCAAAGUUGAAAACAACGGUGCUGUAGUCAGCUGUGUAGUUUAUGUUGGAAGCCUCCUUGACCAUGCACAAUCCUUUGUUUUUUGCUCAUAAAUUAUGACUGAAUAGAAUAAUGCGAUGUUUCUAUUGGUCAGUGAGUUCAAAAUGAUAGGAAUGCUAUUGAAUGUUGGUGCACGGUCAGGUCCAAAAAAGCAAACAAAAACAUAUAACAAACGAGUCGAACGCCUUUCAUAACCAUUCCACUUGAAUAACUACGGUGAUCCUAAUGCCAUAAGCCAUUGAUAUCGAAGAUAUAGGGAGUACUAUUCAGAAGUUGAUUCUGAUGUUUUUUUGUUUUCGUUUUUUAUCGCCAGUUUUUCCACUCAUCACUCUUAGUUCUAUUUAAUGGUUACUAAUAUCAACAUAUACUGAAUUAGCCUGCGUGCAGACGAUAACGAAACUCUGAUUAGUACCGUCUGCGAAGCAGCGCAGAGAUCCUUGUUCUGGACCCCCAACGGACUCAACGAAUUACCGGAAGUGCGUUUCGAAUUCCCCUUCAACCUGAUUGGCGAUCACGACAAACAAAACAAAGGCCUUUUUUAACUGGCCAAUCGUGGCGCGUACUCAAAUCUGGGUACACAGCUGGAAGUCCAGAACAAGGAUUUCGGCGCUGUUUCGCAGACGGAGUUAACCAGAGUUUAAUUUCGUCUGCGCGCAGGCUAAUACUGAAUAGGCUUGUAAUUUUUUCUGGGUAACCUUCCUCAAGUUUUUAUAAGCUGACCCUUUAACACAUUUUUGGUGGCCUCAUUGCCCAAAAUACCCUAGGCCUAUUGUGCAUGUUCGUAUUUCAGGAGGACAAAUAGAUUUUGAUUUCUUCAAAAUUAUGCAGGAUAAAUAGAUGAUGAUGAUGACGUUAAUGAUGAUGACGUUGAUGAUGAUGAUGUCUUUGAAGCAAUAAGUUACUACCAUUACCCCACAUAUUUUAGUUUUAGCUAUAACAUGUCCAAUAAAUCGUGUAUCUUCUAUUUUAUUCUUAGCUAUUAGAUGUCCACUAGUUCGUGUAUCUAACGCCAAUCCACCUUAUGGAGUGUGUACAUCAGGUGCUUAUGUCCCGCGCUACAAGACCCGCUGCUUCUUUAAAUGUGACCGUGGGUACCGGCUUAAAGGUUCCAAGGAGCGUGUUUGUCAACUCGACAAAACUUGGUCUGGAAUUCCAACGAUUUGUGAAGGUAUUGGAAUGUGACUCGACUAAAAUAAAUUUUAUGAUAAAAUGUGUUCUGUUGGCGGUCAGCCGUGUAAAACGCAGACUGCGGACUAUUGUUUUCACCAUACAAAUAAGUACGUGACGUAACGUGACGUGACGUGACGUAAUAGUCCCAUUGUACCCUAAAAACAAUAGUCCGCUGUCAGUCUGCAGUCUGCAUUUUACACUGCCCCCUUUGUUGGGAAAGAAAGCUAUGAACAGUCUUAAUGUUUUAUCCUUCGAUACAAAGUUUAAACAGAUAUGACAUAUCAGGUUGGAUGAGCGUUUACUCGGAAUAAACAGUUUCUUUUAAGGAUUUCAGUUUGAAAUCAUAAAAAUAAACGUAGCGUGGAUUCAUUUGCAGUAUUCGUCAUGAUACUUAUUUACUGCUGUCAAAAUUAACAGUUGAAAUUCAUUAUUUUUGGAACUUAAUUGGAAGUUCCAGAUGGCAUAGUUUGUAGAGGAGACUGGUUGAAAAGCCGGGAAACAUCAAAGAUGAAAACAACGGUGCUGGGCCAGUUUAUGUUGGACCUUGGAAGCUUCUUGACCGUGUACAAAUUUUUUUUUGUAUUUACAAAUUGUGACUGAAUAAACUAGGGCUACCUUCCGCGACAAGUGGCAACGAGGUGGAUUCGUUUAUCUUUUGUGGAACGUGCCUAUUGAGAUCUUUGCGAUUUCUUUCAUAAUUUUAGAGGUUUAAAAUGGAUUCCGCUAUAGAAAAGGAUGGUACCCAACUUUGAAACAACAACUUUGGCACAUUCUAGGCUUUCACUUUUAUCAAACAAUAACAACAAGGCUUGAAGCUUUGUUGGUAAAUAUGAGCAAGUUAGCACUUAUGUUUCAUGGAAAAUUCCAUUGUAUCAAAACUAUAAACGUUAGAAAGAAAAAUAUAGUAUGAGGCCUUUGACUGCUGAAAUUAAAAAUAAUAACUAAAUUUUGAGCAACAGUGUCAUCAGGGAUAAGAAAAAUAUUUCGCGUGGUAAUUUACAUAGGAAAAAAUUGGUGUAAAGUAAAAUGUGUCAAAAGCGCAAGAAUGGGGCGGAAUGUAUCAGAGGUAUAAAAAUAUAAACUUGAAUAAAAUACAAAGAUCUAAUGAGCGAGUGUCACGGGACAAAGAGUCUCUCGAAAGGCAUAAUGAUAGUCUUCAAAACAAAAGGUCUGCAAAUUCGAUGCAUUCCUCACGGGAGUUUAGGGCUGUCUCAAUGUAAAUCGAGCCGCAAAAAGCAUGCUGGCUGAAAAUCUCUCGAAAGAAAGAAAUAAAUUCUAAAAAACAAAUGUCUGCAAAUACGUUGUAUUCACGGGAGGUGAGGACUGGCUCAAUGUAUUAAAAAUCGUUCUGCAAAGACCACGCUGGUUCUGAUAAAAGUUUUGAGAAUAUGCCUUUUCACAAAGGAAAAGAGAACACUGAAACCCUGGUUCUGAAUCGAGAAGGGAACACGCUACCUCAAUGUAAAUCGAGCUGUAAAAGAACAAGCUGGUUCUAACAAAAAUUUGAGCGUAAAACCCUAUUCCUUGAUCAGCUGCUGCUUUAAACGCAAUUUAUAAAGCAAAUCAGAGCACUUAUUGCCCUUUCAAACUAGAAAUUGUAUUAAAGCUUGCUCACCUGUUAGGUCCUCUUGAACAGACAAGGAACAGCUGCACACUGAAUCACCCAAUUUCGGACCACGAGUUGUAAAUACAAGACCAUGACGUCACUACCCAAAUAUGGGGUCUUACUUACACCCAAAUGUGGUUAAAAAUGCAAAUUUUAGAGGGUCAAGCAGAAUUUGAGAGUUUUUGCCUACAUUGCGGGGAGUUAUAUAAUUCUGCCGCCGAGGCAGCCUCGCUUCUUAGCUCGGUUGCCUCGUUGGCAAUAAAUGUGAAAUUCAAAAUGAUAGGAAUGCUGUUGAACGUUGUUCAAGGUCCGAAGUCUGAAAAAGCCAACAAUGCAUAUAACAAAUAAUUGUAACGGGUUUCAUUACACUUUAUUAACUAUGCACGGGGCAAAUGUUACGGCUAUACGGGUCAAUGCUACCAAUAAAUCCAUCCUUCAUUUUGGAUCACUAAGCGCCCACUCAAACAACGAAGAAUACCCCCGGUAGGCCACUUGCACUGAGAGGUCACGUGACUAAAGAAAUUGACAGAACUUAUCUUACACCCGAAAUUUGAGAGGAUACACACUUAACGUACAUAUUUUAUGGCACUUUCAUUUUUCAACGAAGUAGAAUGAUUUGUAUUGGCCGCCAUGUUAGAGGGCAUACAUUUGCCCUCCAACAUGACAACCAAAACUACUUUUUGCUUGUGUCUUGUUAAAAGCUUGAUAGUUACGCUCAGAUGUGCUGCAAACGUUACCACAUCAUCUUUUCAACAUUUUCCUUGAAAUUUAAGUGCCAAAUUUGUGUUCAGAAAGAGGUAAUUCAUUAGUUUAAAAAUCACACUGGUUAUGUGACCAGCUACGAACUUACUUAUUUUAACAAAAUAGUGAAGGGUUUGAAAAACCAAAUCACUAUUAUUUUGUUUCAAACAUAACCCACUAAUCGUUUUUCGAAGGUAAAAUCAUAUAAAUUUCAUUUUCAUAAAAGUGAUGUCAAAUGACUUCUAAAAGUAAGUUGGUUUUAGAAUUAUUCAAAACUGAGUGGUUCAGCUUUCAAUUCAGUAGUUCAUGCCCUUGGUGAGGGAAGAUUUAUCUUUAUUUUUAUCCGCUUUCUUUCUUAGCAAUUUACUGCCCUAAACUUUCGCCUGUCAAGUUUGCAACUGUGCAACCCCCGGAGUGUGUCACCCAGCCAAUAAAAUUUGGCAGAUCGUGUCAAUUUCGCUGUCCUAACGGGUACUUUACUGAUGAUGAACUACAUGAGACUAAAGCUUAUUUAGGGUGUCUGCAUAAUGGUACAUGGGACUUUCAAGUUCCUAAUUGCGUCGGUAAGUAUUUCAUUUUUUCUUUCUCCUUUUCCCUGUUCGGGUUUUUUACGUUCGACGCUAGGAGAACUCCUUCUAAACUCAAUGCGCAAUUCUAUUUUGAUCACUUCCCAGCUCGGGUAAAAUUUCAACCAAUCAGCAGAUCGGUGUAGUGACACAGCAUCUGUUUGGAAUUAGAGGACCCGUUCCCUAGAUGGCUUCGCGAAAUGUGGGCUCUUUUGUCAGCUAAAAUUCGAACGCACUUACCAUUCUCCAGUUAGUGUUAGUUUUCAAUAAGUAGACGGUGCUUUUAAUACACACAAAUAAGCAUAUGAGAUUAGUCACCUCUUUUCUUUCAACCUGUUUUAGUCUGAACUUAAAAAUCAAUGUACGUGUAUAGAUCGCCAGCCUCCAAGAAUGUCCUGUCUCCUGUCUAAAAUAAGAGGAGUUACCACCAAAGGAAAAGCAACAGGAAAGGUAUCAUGGAGCAUCAAGGUGACAGAUAACUCUGAGAUUGUGGAUCCCAAUGCAAAGAUAACUGUAGACUCAAGUCAUCAGCCUUCUCAAGAAUUUCCCAUUGGCGAGACUGUAGUCCGUAUUAUCGCCACUGACAGUGCUGGAAAUGUCGGCCGUGAAUGUAUCUUUAAAGUUGAAAUCAGAGGUAAGGAACACAUCCCUCAUGCUCCUGGUACGCUGGCUAGCUGACUUGAAACCCUUUGCACCCUUAUGACACAAAUUAUCAUUAAAUAUCUCCUUACAAUGGCGGCACCGAUUAAUGAAAAAUAACGGUCUUGAGAAUACUGAAAAUGAUAACCAACUAGAGAGAACUAUAUUUUCUUCAUCAAUGCAACAGUAGCCUGCGCUUCUCGAGCUGAGAGAAGCGAGGAGUUGACGGCUGUAUUCUCAGGCGAAUGCAGCAAGAAAUGUAUAGAGACAAUAUUAAAUACAUCAGUGCAUGUUUUGAAUGAAUAAUUGUACGCAUAAGGGUCAAGGAGCUGCUAAACUUUGUCGAGGGUCUCCUAUAGGUUUCUCGGGAUCUGGGAUUUGCAUGCUUAUCUGGAAGCUGGUAUUCACGAUUUUACAGGAAAUUGAGAUUCGGGAGUGAAAGUAUGAACGGGAUGUGAGAUGCGGAAAAUACCCAUCGGCAUUACAGGAUUGAGCGAAAAUUUAGCGCGGGGUCGGGGUGGAGAGAGUGCAUGGAGAACGUACUCUUCUUGUCUUCUUAACUGCAAAAUGUACUGUGUUAUAAAAAGAAAUCCCUGAUAGAAAGCUAUAAAUUUUCUUUUGCAAUGCUUUCUCUCACAGAUAAUGAGCCACCAACGUUUAGCGAAUGCCCCAAGGACAUUGUGCGUGAAGAGAAAGUUUCUCUGAUAAGAGUGAAUUGGAAGCAUCCAGUGUUCUCUGACAAUUCGGGGGUGCUUCCCUCUGUCACUUCAAGCUUUCAAACUGGAGCAACAUUUCGGGUUCCUGGAAACUAUAAAAAUACAUAUAUUGCAAGGGACCGGUCUGGUAACGAAAACAAAAACUGUACAUUCAGGAUCAUAUUGAAAAGUGAGUUGUAUAAUGAGGUAGGGAGAUUACUGGUGGUGAUGGCAGUUAAGAGAAAGCCAGAAAGCAGAGCCCCAUGCAUUAAAGCUGCUUAAGAGAUACCAAUCUCGCAAUCAUAUAUUGCGCUCUUAGUUAUCCAGUCAGUCGCUGAAUACAUGCAGUCGUAUAAAUAUAUGCAUCGAUUGUUUGGGCGAGUCUUUCCCCCCGUACUUAAAAAACUUAUUUUAGUCUGCUCAGCGCAAAUUAAUUAAAACUCUUCCCAUUGUUAAUUGCCGCAACACGCGUAGAGAGUUCGUUGAUACCCUAAAAAUUUCCUCCUUUAAAUUGUUACAUGCACGGCGAGACGAUAUACAUGAGGCAUUUGCUACCAACUGAAGGUACAAACAUAUAGAAAAGACGAGUCUAAGGACUACUAGAACGUGAGAGUCUGACCCUCCCUUACAAUGAAAUCCGUAUCCAUGGCUAUAACCUCUAAUCAGCUGUCUAUAAGCCUGACUGUCGCAUCGAUAUGGCCAACACAACACUGACCACUUUGCAAACUUUGUAACAAGGGAGGUCUCUUCUUAAUUAGUUUAUGUAGUAGUUACUUUACUUCUAUAUGUGUUUGUUAGGAACCGUGAAAUGCUGACAUCCUCUAACAGUCAGAGGGGAAAUGUGGCUAACCAAACUUGACUUGACUUUGAUUUGCUUAUUUUUUUUUUCUUCACAGAAAAAACUUGCCAGAUUUUUCCUCCACCACGCAACGGUGCCCUGGCCUGCAUGACAUCAGAAUUUUAUUUGCAUUGUGCAGUAAUGUGCAGCAACGGAACUGACUUUGAAGAUACUCCCCCUCUGUUGUACUAUUGUUCUGGUGGGGAGUGGAAUUACUGGAAGGGGUUGCUUACACGUUACAAAAAUUCUAAUCCCUGGCCUAACUGCUCCUGUAAGUCUUUUAUUAUUAUUUUUUUGUUACUCCCCUCUUCAGCUCAGUCGUCGUCAAUUCAACGCCUCAUUCAGUUAGUAAGUUUUUUCAUACGUUUAAAACUUCGUUUAUCACCAACUGAGUUUUUUUAUCUCACUAAAGGGACCUUUUUCCGGGCCUAACUGUUCCGGUUACUAUUUCAUUCUUGUAAAGAUGUUUUAAUCAGUAUGUCACGAGCGUGGGACCAAGAAAAACUCUUAGUCCCUGACAGGAUUGGAACCUUUGACCUCCUGGGGCUGCCGUUUUGUUUUACUAUUAUUUUUAACCUCUUGUAAGCGACCACUUGAUUUAUAUCUUCGUUGUAUGUAAUAUGCUACACACAGUACAUAAGGAACUUCUACUUCCAGUAACAAAAUGGGACUACACAUAUCGUAAAUUAAACGUUGCAUGCAAUAAUUUAUAAAUUACUGAUCUUAGUUUAACCCCUUGAAAGGGAAUCCAAGCCAGUCUUGAAUUCUGGAUUCCACACCGUGGAUUUCGGACUCCAGGCACUGGAUUCCAGAUUCUUGGUCAGUGGAACUUAGAUUCUGGAUUCCAAUCCUUAGUAGGAUUCCGGAUUCCUAAAGCUAUAUUCCAGAUUCCAAAGCCCAGGAUUCCGGAUUCCACAGGAAAAUUUUCCUGCAUUUCGGAUUCCACAAUGUGAAAUUUCCCAGAUUUCGGAAUCCGGAUUUUCCCUCAUACGGGGCGAUUAGUUUCGUAAAAAUGAUCAGUCCAGAUCUCUUCUCGAAACAGGGUUUACGUAAGCAGCCAUCUCCCGUAAGGGGCGGACCAUUAGAAAACUUAUGGCGGGGGGGUGAUUUUCGAGCCGCAGGAAUUGUUUUUCGUUAUCAAAUUCCUUGUAUGAAAUUUUUUAGGCCAUAGCAUGAAUAUUUUUUAGGGUUAAUUGGCGUGCAUGAAUCUUUUUUCAUUUAAUUUUCCCUUGCGCGAAUAUUUUUUUGGUACUUCUCCCCCCCACCCCCAUAAGUUUUCUAAUGGUCCGUCCCUAAGUUUGCAUUAUUGUUUUGGGUGGUUGCAUACGGGAGGUUUGAUUGUAUUUUAAAAAAAAAAACUAUAACUGGAUAUUAUUUUUCUCUCAGUCAAUGCUGGUCCUUCAGAGAUUAAUAAACGUGACUGGAUGCAUUAUUACUCCUACAAUGGCGACGCGCAUGAUACUAACGUCCAGAACGACAUAAAGGAAAACUUCUUCAAGUUGCUGAAAGAUCCAUUUUUCAUCCCUCCACCUUUCUGCCUGGUAAAUAACCGGUGCUCUAAGGACAAAAUUUCAAUUUCUGCUGGUGUUGUAGGUACGUAACGUACUUAUACUAGCAUUGGGUUUCCGCAUUCUGUGUUUUUUUUAUAAAAGGUCUAUAAACAGCUAUACUAAAAAGACAAACAAACUAACAAAAAAGCAACGUAAAAAAAGAAAAAAAAAACACUAGGAAAAGGCUAUUGAUGUUCUGAAACGUAGCUAAAACAAAGAAUCGAAGAAAAACAAAUGAUCAUGGUAAUUUGGAAUAAUUUUACAACGUGCACCAAGAAACUAGUGAGGAGUUUAAGACCGCAAUUCCCGUUUUGUCAUAAAGUUAUCUUUGCAAACUAUUCUGGAAUGAAAACUCAGUUUUGCUGACACUUUUUAUGCAGUUUGUUGACAAAUCCAUGCCAUUACCUAUUCAUAAAAUCUGUGUAUCUUCAAGUUUAAUAAAUUUGUAAUGAAUAUAAAGCCUAAAAUUGUCUCUCCGAAUACUUGAUACUCGUUAAGGCCGAGUCAUUAACUAGAGAUAACGUUGUUUGACCUGUACUGCUUCUCGGAAUUGACAAUCAAAUAGUGAUUUUUUCUCGUUUACCAUUUAUUGCAGAGUUCUCUGAGAAACUAAGGCCGUACUAUGGAGACAAUUCUUAAUGCGCAAUUUAGAACUAACCUUUACUAACUGAUUUCCUUUAUGUUUUUUUUUUGGUUUAUAACUCAACAGGUUGAGCUCAUGUCCAGCAAUGGUUAGCAAUCAGAGGCUGUUAAAGGACGAGACAAGAUAAAUAGUUCAAUUUCCUAGUUAUGCUAACUAUAUUACGUCUUUUCUGUGGGUCUGUCAAGUGUUAAGCAGAUAAUAGAAGAUUAAAAUUGUUUCUUCCAAUCCAAGGAAACACGAGUCAGUAGAAUAUACAUGUUUCAGCUUUUACUCGCCACAUGAGGCAGAGACAGAUCUCAUAAGUACCUCGUGCGACGCCAGUUGUUUUCGCCGCCCAUUCCCACAGUCCUGUCUCCUCCACAGAGGCUCAAAGGGGCAUGGCGAGGUUGAGCACAAAAUUUUUGUUGAAUCUUUCAAUAUUCGCCUCCACUCACUUCGCACAGUGGAAAUACAAUAACACCUAAACGAACUUCUGUGGAGGAGAGCGCCCACAACCCGUAAAAAAUAUACACUACACUAGAAUCUCCAGUACGAAAGUGAGUGCCGGCGAGGGGAAAACGGU